UGAUUUACUGCAAGUACUGCCCACUAAAUGGAUUUGGUUAAAUCCACUUUGUCUUAUUGAGAAGAAAACGUAUCACAGUCCUAGAAGCUUCACACAGUCAACUGCUGCUCUUCUUGUUUUGCAUUAUCACCAAGAAAAUGGCAAAAGUCAGCACCUUUUUGAAAUAUUUACUGAUCAUUUUCAACUUUGUGUUUGGGGUUGCUGGAGGUGUCAUAUUUAUCUUAGGGAUACUUGCCAAGAGAUACUACGUAGGUGAGCCAGGGGGGGACACACUGAAUUAUGCCAAGGAUGUUGCCAUUGCCAUUGGGGGAGUCACCAUGGCAAUUACAUUUUGUGGAGUGUAUGGUGCCAAGAAGGAGAACAAGUGUAUGCUGGGUCUGUUUUUCACUGGACUAUUAAUCUGCUUAAUUGUCCUGCUCAUCGUUGCUGUACCUGUGGCCAUGUUCAAAUCAGAGGGAUUUGAGACGAUUGAAACAGUCUUUAGAAAUCACAUUCCUCUGGAUGAAAAGGGCGGCGCGUUGCUAGACUCUUUGUCUUGGGAUAGCUUGCAGAAGGGUGGUGAGUGCUGUGGACUAGUCAAUGGUUAUGCAGACUGGGGAAGGGAAAUCCCAGACUCAUGCAACUGUGUGGCCUUCAGCUCUUCAGACUGUGUUGAGGUGCAGGAAAAGAGGUCCCAGUUGACAAAUUAUGACCUUCCCAGAAAGGUGUACAAACAGCCUUGUAUGUACGUGGUGUUUGAAAUAUUGGAGAGUGCUUUAAAAAUCGUAUUUGGAUUCACCUUGGGAUUUGCAGUCAUUGCGUUGAUUGGUAUGAUCCUGUCAAUGACACUGUGCUGCCAGGUCAGAAAGAAAAGCAUCCAAAGUAAUGGAAGUCUACCACCACAAUACUCUGAGAUUAGUAAAAACGCAGCAUACUACUAGCGUUGCCUAUUGCUGUAUUCAUGGAUCAUCAGAAUACGUGGAAUUGAAAUAAUGUACUGUUUCAUGCUUUAAUAAUGUUGCUUCAUGCUUUCUCGUUAGCUUGUUGGGUAAUGGUUUAAAAGUCACAUUGCUAUAGGACACAUAGAAACAAUUACAAAAGCAAUACAGAUGACUUUUCAAUGCAACCAUUUAUAAGAGACAGUUUGAAUGUUUAAGUGCCUGCUUGUGAGUUUGCUGUGCUUGUUGCUGUGCUUGAUUUCCAGUGUCUGAGAGGUCCUGUCUCUAUAUCAGGACCACCUGAACUGUCACUUUGUGAAAUACUAUCAUGUGCAAGUAUAGUGUGACCUAUAAAUACCUUUAUUAUUAGUA